GUAUUCAUGGUCCCCCGUCCAGUACGUCGAUGAAGACAGCUGCCCCUCCCCUCCCAGGAAUAUGAAAGGACUAUCGGGCGGCCGUCCCCAGCUAAACAUCACGACCGGACACUCGUACGGCCUGGCGGACUGCGACCACUCCCUCGACCACCUGCAGCAUGGCGCUCCGGAGUCCCGCUCGCCGUCCUACCUUCUCAGCCCAACGGAGAGUUGCCCCCUGGACCACCACCGCUGCUCCCCACGAAGCUCCAUCCACUCGGAGUGCAUGGUGAUGCCCGUCUCCAUGGCCUCCGACCACGUCUCCAGCAGCACUUUUCCCAGGAUGCACUACAGCUCACAUCACGAGAGUUCUCGGGAAGACGGGACCACCGGACACCCCGGCGGCGUCGGCGUCUGCAUGGGCGGAGGCAUGGGGGGCGGAGGAUCCGGCUCGGGAAGCGUUUCCGGUUCGGGAAAGAUGAACCGAAUCCCCGCCAACCUCCUGGAUCAGUUCGAGAAGCAGCUGCCCAUCCAUCGAGAUGGUUUCCACACGCUGCAGUACCAGCGGACGUCCACGGCCACCACCACCAGCGAGCAGCGGAACGAGAGUCCGGGCCGGAUACGCCACCUGGUGCAUUCGGUGCAGAAGCUCUUCACCAAGUCGCAUUCUCUGGAAGGUUCGUCCAAGAUGAACGGAACCAAGGGAGACUCGCGCUCGGAGAGCGGGCACCAUCAUCACGGACACCAUCACGGCCACCACAAACACAGCAAGAGAAGCAAGAGCAAGGAGCGCAAGGCCGACUCCAAACACCGCUCAGGGAUCGCCGGAUGGUGGAGCUCCGAUGACAACCUAGACAGCGACAGCACUUACCGGACUCCCAGCGUCAUGAGUCGCCACCACAUCGACCACAUAAGCCACUGCUACCCGGAAUCGGUCCCGAGCCACUUCGGAGAUCUUUCGCUCAAGACCUCCAAGAGCAACAACGACGUCAAGUGCUCCGCUUGCGAGGGCAUGGCCAUGGCUCCUGAGGGCAAGUUCAUGAAACGGAGCUCUUGGUCCACGCUGACUGUUAGCCAGGCCAAGGAGGCUUAUCGCAAGUCUUCGCUCAACCUGGAGAAGCCCAUGAUGCCUCAAGAUCUGAAGUCCCCCAUGAGGCCAUGUCAUUUUCUCCAGGUCCCUCAGGACGAGUGGGGCGGGUACCCCGGAGGGAAGGACGACGAGAUCCCGUGUCGGCGGAUGAGGAGCAGCAGUUACGUGAAGGCCAUGGGCGACGAAGAGAGUGGCGACUCGGACGGCAGCCCCAAAAACUCACCGCAGAAGAGCGCUCGACCCGGAGGCCUCAUCAGAAACGUGCUGCAGAGGCAGCUAUCAGACCAGAGCUCGUACCGGUUGGAUAAAUCCAGCAGUGAUGUGGUUAAGUACCUCACCAACUUCGCCGCAGACUUAAGUCAGAGCUACCAUCUUCAGACGACCAGGGACGUCCACCCCAGCAUCACGCUGGACCCCUCACCCAAUUACAACUCGCCCAAGUUCCGCUCCAGGAACCAGAGCUACAUGAGGGCAGUGAGCACUCUGAGCCAGGCCAGCUGUGUUAGCCAAGUCAGCCAGGUGAGCGAGGCCGAGAUGAACGGCCAGUUCGAGUCGGUCAACGAGUCGGUGUUCGGCGAGGUGGAGUCGCACGCCGUGGAGGCACUGGACCUUCCCGGCUGCUUUCGGACGCGCAGUCACAGCUACCUGCGCGCCAUACAGGCCGGAUACUCGCAGGACGACGAGUGCGUGCCCUCCAUGAGCUCGUCCACCGUCGCCUCCACCAUCAGGUCCACGGCCGGGAUCCAGUUCCGCCUUCCAUCAUCAGGCAGCGUGGACCGACCCCCCCAACAACCACCAGGGAUCCAGUUCCGCCUUCCAUCAUCAGGCAGCGUGGACCGACCCCCCCAACAACCACCAGUCCUCAUCAUCCUCCUCAUCAUCCUCCUCAUCAUCCUCCUCGUCAUCCUCAUCGUCCUCCUCAUCGUCCUCCUCAUAGUCCUCAUCAUCCUCCUCAUCAUCCUCCUCAUCAUCCUCCUCGUCAUCCUCAUCGUCCUCCUCAUCGUCCUCCUCAUAGUCCUCCUCAUCGUCCUCCUCAUCAUCCUCCUCAUCGUCCUCCUCAUCAUCCUACUCAUUGUCCUCCUCAUAGUCCUCAUAGUCCUCCUCAUCUCGAGCAAGCUUUACGUUGUCAUGAGCUUUUUUACGCCUCUGGGGAAGAAAGAAGCACAAACUGGGAUCCAGUUCCGCCUUCCAUCAUCAGGCAGCGUGGACCGACCCCCCCAACAACCACCAGCGGUCACUUACACGCCCAGCACCCCCACUUACAAGCGGACGCCCCCUCCAGUGCCCCCCCGCAGCACCUCCAAACCCCUCAUUUCCAUCACGGCACAGAGCAGCACCGAGUCCACGCAAGAUGCCUACCACGAGGGACGCCUGGCCAGAGCAGGUUUAUGGGGUACAGAGGGCAUGGGUCUGGGUUUGGGCCGCGCCCUCUACAACUCCACGGACAGCCUGGACAGCGCCAAAGCCGUCACCAUCGCCAUGGAAGCCGCGGCCAUAGCCAUGGCGGGAAAAAGACACCCGUCCACGGACUCCCACAGUUCGGUGCUGACCUGUGAUAAAGCCGUACUGGUGUCCAAAGCUGAGGAGUACCUGAAGACACCCCGCUCCUCUAUAGGGAUACAGGUGGAGGCGGCGACGGAUUCGGAGUCGGAGAGUAAAGGAUCGAGAGAGUACCAUUCUGUAGGGAUCCAGGUGGAGGACGAUAAACGCAUGGGCCGGUUCAAGCGCUCCAACAGCGUGACGGCGGCGGUGCAGGCCGACCUGGAGCUGGAGGGCUUCCCGGCCAUGGAGGACAAGGGCCUGCAGUUCGGCGGCGGCGGCCUCCAGCGGCACAGCGAGCCGAGCACGCCCACGCAGUACGGCGCCGUGCGCACCGUCCGGACGCAGGGUCUGUUCAGUUACCGCGACGACUACCGCUCGGCCAACGAGCCCUCCAGCCCGCAGCGCACGCCCGAGCCCUGGCGUGAACCCUCCGCGCCCGCCGUGCCCACGGUGGCCGUCACGGUGACCCCACCUCAGGCGUCGGACUCGGGUCGGGCUUCGCCCUCCGUCAGGAGGGACGGGGCGUGGUUCAUGCAGCUGCUGCACUCCGAGACCAAGAGGAUGGAGGGAUGGUGUAAAGAGAUGGAGGGAGAGGCCGAGGAGAACGACCUGUCGGAGGAAAUCCUAGGUAAAAUUCGGAGUGCAGUGGGCAGCGCUCAGCUUCUCAUGUCCCAGAAAUUCCAGCAGUUUUAUUGGCUGUGCCAGCAAAAUCUGGACCCAAGUGCCAUGCCGCGGCCCACCUCUCAGGACCUCACUGGAUUCUGGGACCUGCUGCAACUGUCCAUCGAUGACGUCACCUCCAAGUUCGACGAGCUGCAGAAGAUCAAGGGCAACGACUGGAGGAUUAUUGAGAGUCCUGCGAAGAAGCUCCCACCCGCCGUACCAAAGAAGACGCUGAAGAAGGGCGUGACGCGGGAGAAGUCCCUGGACCUUCCCGACAGGCAGCGACAGGAAGCGCGGCGGCGCCUCAUGGCCGCCAAGCGGGCGGCUUCGUUCCGGCAGAACUCGGCGACCGAGCGGGCCGACAGCAUCGAGAUCUACAUCCCCGAGGCCCAGACGAGACUCUGAGAGACUCAGCGCACCUUCAUCACAGCUCCGCGCUCAUCCUCAUCUACCCCGGCGAGUAUGGGAACACCAGAGGGCGCUAGAACAGCCUGAGACGGAUGGUGAAUCGUUAAUAGCCACAUUCGAACUGUUACAACGACGUGACAGAUGUUAUAACAGGUCUGAGCAGGUCGGAACAGCUCACUGACGUCUCUCAUCCCAACAUCAUCAUCAGAAAUAAUUCUAUAUAAAUAAUUUUC